AUGAGUCAAUUUGAGGAUUAAAAAUAAGCUCAACAAAUUGAAAUUUGCUUUGAUGAAUAUGCUGCUUAAUCUGCCAAAGAACAUCAUGAUUUGAUGAGCAUUUUCAACAAAAAUUACUAAAAAACAAUUGAAAUACCCUCUAAGCAAUCGAGCUUCACAGCAUUAAAUUAGAUCAAGAAUCUUAACACGAAAUACAAUAGAACUUAAGCUAAUGAAGAUGGUAAAGAUAGCAAAGAUAGCUAAAUUUACUAUUGUAAUCCAAAAAUGAAGCAAGGUUUUGUAUCAAAGUAGAAGAGAACCUUGAAUGAUCUGGCUAAAACAGAUCAAGCUGAAGUAAUUAGAAAGAGUAAGAAGUAGCCAAGAUAGCCUGUCUAGUCAGUUGCAAGCAAACUUUUGUAGUCAUUUUAUGGGAUAGGGCUGUUCUAAGGUGAGUCUAAAAGCAAGUAUGUUGAUGAUGGCUAUUAGGAAUCAGAUGAAGAAUUUCAGGACUAUCUUCAAUAAAACUCUUCAUUUGAAAAUGACAAUUAUAGUUUUGGAAGUAAUGAUGACUAAGUUUAUGUUGAGGAAUAAAAAGAAGUUGAAUAUUAGUCUAGUGAUGAAGAUGAUUUGAUUCCACUAAGAUAGUCCGCAAGAUCAUCUAUACUAUUAUCUGUGAAUGAGGAAAGUAAAGCUUUAGAAAUUCAAGUAAGCGAACUUUCACCUGAAGCUAAAAAGCAAAACUAGAGACUUAAAAUACUUGAAUUAGUGAGCUAGAUCAAGUCACAAGAGUCUAAGAUGAGCUAUCUCAAUAAGAAUAUUGAAUUUCAUGUGAAGAUCAAUUAAGAGUAUGAUGAAAUGCUUCUAGAUAUUAAGAGUUAAAUUCAAGAGAAAGAAAAGGAUAAAGUAUCUAAAAAGAGGGCAAGCAAUGAGAGACUCUCUUAAGCUAGGCAGAUAUACAAUGAUUAGAUUCGUAAUAUAGAGUAUUUUUUGUCUAGUCUUUGUUCAAUGGGACUGUAUAACAUAGAGUAAUAUGAGAGAUUCAAUCUAUACGAACCAGAUAGAUUUUAGCUUGAUCUUACUCAUUAUUCCCCACAUAACCCUAAUGUUUAUCUGAGCAUACACACCCGCUUAAUUAGCAAAGAGGUAUUUCUUCAAAUCUAAUUGCAAGAUAAAAAUAUCAUACAAAGAAAUAAUCCUGACUAGAGUUAGAAUACUGAACAGCAGCCAGUAAUUGAUAUAUAAGAGCUUGAAGAGAGGAAAGAUCUUAGCAUAAUAGGCCUGUAGUUUUAAGAGAUACAAAACGAUAAUGAUGCUAACUUCUCUGCAAAUAUAUUUGAUGAGAUCAAAGGACUAGAAAAAAUAAUUGAAAGCCAUAAACCGCUGUAUACUAGACCAGUUUAUGGUUGGCUACUGGAUGAAGAAGAAGAAUCUAAGAAUUAAGAAUAUUUCUUUGAUUCUGGGCCUUAAUGUCAUAGACUUAUCAAGCAAGUCAUUAAAGAGUUUGGCUUAAUUAAGUAUUGA